GGUGCAAACUACGAAACGCGUGAAAGGGUAGAGAAAUUCCCUGGGAACUUCAUAGCAGGUCCAAGCUAUGAAACGCGUGAAAGGGUAGAGAAAUUCCCUGGGAACUUCAUAGCAGGUCCAAGCUAUGAAACGCGUGAAAGGGUAGAGAAAUCUCCCGAGAACUUCAUGGCUGGUGUAAGCUUCGAAACGCACGAAGGAAUGGACAAAUCCCCUGAGAAUACCACAUCUGGCGCAAGCUAUACAGCGCGCGACAGUAUCUCUGAGUCUGACCGCAUUGAAGUAUAUACUGGGAACAGUCGUGACCCUUUACCUCUACCUAGUCCAACAGACGCCACGUUGGCCGAAGACAGAGAUAGAGUGUACCCUCCAAUGAGCCAGGUUAUUCUCAUAAUGGCGUCUCUCCUGGUAUCGAUGUUUCUCGUUGCUCUGGUAAGUCUCGCCGCCGUUCUCAACUGCUGUUCUCUGAUGAUAACUCUUUCCAGGAUAGAAUGAUCAUCGCCACUGCCAUACCCAAGAUUACAGACGAAUUCCGCUCACUCAGUGACGUGGGCUGGUAUGCCAGCGCCUUCAUGCUUGCAGGAUCUGCCCCCAUCCUUCUCUUUGGCAAGAUCUACACUUUCUACUCGCCCAAAUGGCUCCUGCUGAGCGCCAUGGGCCUGUUCGAAAUCGGGAACCUGAUAUGUGGCGUCGCACCCAAUUCAAAUACAUUGAUCGUGGGACGCGCUGUUGCCGGGCUUGGAGCAGCUGGCAUCUUUACUGGGUGUGUCGUGGGCGUACAGCACGUGCUCCCACUCCAGAAGCGUCCCAUGGCGAUGGGGCUUUUUGGUACCGUUUUCGCUAUAUCAUCUAUUAUCGGGCCGUUGCUUGGUGGCGCCUUGACCGAUGGAGUCAGUUGGCGUUGGUGUUUCUACGUGAAUCUCCCAAUUGGUGGCGUUGCCAUGGCCGUUUUGGCAAUUGUCCUGACGCUUCCCGCGCCCGCCGCGGCGGAAACAAGUUUCAAGAAGAAGUUAUGGCAGCUUGAUCCAGUGGGCACGAUCUGUUUCAUCCCUGGAAUUUGCUGCAUCUUGCUUGCCUUGCAAUGGGGUGGAAAUCAGUAUCCGUGGAAUGCUGGCGUGAUCAUCGCUCUCUUCGUCGUUGGUGCGCUCCUGAUUAUAGUAUUCGUUUGCGUUCAAAUCUGGCUCCAGGACGGGGCUACAGUACCUCCACGAAUCAUCAAGAAGCGCUCCGUUGCCUCUGGGUUCUGCUUUUCUCUUUGUGUUGGCGCGAGCCUGAUUGUGUGCGUUCUCUACCUCGCCAUCUACUUUCAGUCUGUCAAGGGCGUCAGCGCCGUCCAGUCUGGCAUUAACACCAUCCCCCUCCUCUUCGCAACCUCAUUUGGGGCGAUAGUAGGGGGCGGUUCCGUGUCGCGCUUCGGAUACUAUGCUCCGUUCAUGCUUGCUGGCCCACCCAUCAUGGCAGUUGGCGCUGGGCUACUUACUACCUUUCGCGUGAAUACCCCCCCUAGCCAGUGGAUCGGUUAUCAAAUCAUAUUUGGUUUUGGCUGCGGGAUUUGCAUGCAGCAGCCUAGUGUGGCAGCGCAGAGAGUAUUAUCACGAAAGGAUAUCGCGAUCGGUUCGGCUUUAAUGAUGUUUGCACAGCAGCUGUCGGGGUCAGUCUUUGUCCCAAUUGCACAGAGCAUCUUUCAGAACCGGCUUGUACACACCUUGUCAGUUGUUCCGGGCGUGGACAUCAAAGCGAUCGUAGAUGUUGGAGCAACAGAUUUGAGGAGGAUCGUGCCACCAUCGCAGAUGGAUGGUGUUCUCAAAGCGUUUAAUGAUGCUCUAGUCGCCACUUUCUUUGUCGUCACGGUGGCAUCCGGCUUGGCUCUUCUUCCAGCGCUGACUGUGGAGUGGCUGAGCGUGAAAGUAAAAAAGGACAGCGCAGAUGGCGAGAAAAUACCAAUGGGAGAUAUGGGGGCAUAGGCAGUGAGUAUAGCUAAAAACAACAUGGGCAGUAUAUAGUAUAAUGAUGUCACGCAAACGAAUAUGAAGUAAUACAAUGGUCAUUUCUCUCGUAUUUGUGAAUCGGCAGCUGCAGUCUCAUGAGG